CCGCGGCUUCUUUUUCUACGGACAGUGGAGUGGGGGUACGAAGCAAUGGAUAUUCGAAUUAUGGAUAUCAUGCUGGCGGUGGUGCUCCGAGGCCAAAUUUUUAGAGGAAUAAUCAAGAGCGUCUCGAUACCAUGUACAACAAGUUUCUUGCUGACCAGGAGAAAGAGACUAAGAAAAAGGAGGAAGAGGAGAGGUUAAAAAAGCAGAAGGAGGAAGAUGAACGGAAGGAGAAAUGGAAAAAGGAGAGACAACAAUUAGAGUCGGAGAUGGGUGAAAGAAUUGACAAAAAACUUGAGAAGGUGUGUGAGGCUGUUAAAGUGAAUAGGCAACCGGAUGCGACUGGGAGUUCAAGUAUGGACAACGAAUUGGCCAAGCUUAGACGUGAGAACGAGGACCUGAGGAAAGCGUUGCUUGGUGAGGGUGAGGAUGAUAGAGUUAGGAAGUUACAGAAGGAGGUCAACGACUUAAGGAAGCAGGUGUUGGACAAGUCAGGGAGGGAUGAUGAGAUGACUGCUUUGAGACACGAGAUCGAGCAACUUCGGGAAUCUACAGUUAAGGAGCAAGAAAUUGUCGGGCUCAAGCGAUUGAUUGAACAGUUGAAGACCGAGACUCUACACUGGAAAGAUGAGGCUCUUAGGUCAGGUAACAAGAGAGGCAACAUCGUGGUGAGCACACCAGAAACGAGUACGAGGCGAACGCCGAGAGCAAGAUGGACAGGCGGUGAUGCUACACCAGAGAGUAGUUGGAGAAUGGAGUACAAGAAGUUACAGAGUAUGAGACGGGUGGAUUCCUUGGAGGUUGAGGCUUUGAAGAAGAAGAAAGCGGAGGCGGAAGCUGAGGUUGCUGCAGGUCGGUGAUGAGGGACGUGAAAAGGAGCCAGGAGGAACGAAUCUAAAGGAAAGAAUGGAGGCGGUCGCUGUCAACAGUGCAAGGAAAGGCAGGAAAGCGACCCCCAACAGAAACGGGGUUAGGGCUACUCCGGCCAAAGAGGUUCAACCUGGGGAUGGGUGCACUGACCGAGCUGCCUUUGUGGAGCAACAGAAAAAACAGCUGAAGCAAUUGAGGAAGCUCUCGCUCGAGCAGACCUGCAAGGAAGCAGGGUUGAGCAUAAGAGGGAAAGUUGACGAUCUAAUCUGCCCGAUCGC